GCAGUUUACCUAGAGGAGCAGUUGGUCAGAAAGCAGCGGAGCGGCGGGUUCGGUUCGACCCGAACUCUGUCCGAACUUCUACGGAACCUCAGGCGGUCAGAGUGCAGCAGGAGCGGUUCGAACCGACUUCACCCGAACUUCCAUCCGAACCCCAGAGUGAUUCAGGAGGUUUAAACUCAGAGAGAGCGGUUCCGACAGAGUUCUGCAGAACUUUUCUCUGGAUUUGGAGUCUGAGUGUAAGCUUCCGCUUGGUUCCGAUCAGAAGAUGUCCGAGUAGCGGAUCGGGGAGCCUGAUCCAGUCUGGGUCCAGCCCGGUUCCGACAUGGAGCCUGUGAGCGGGUGGAGUCCGCAACAGGUGGAGGACUGGAUGAGAGGUCUGGACGACAGCCUGCAGCCGUACGUGGCGACGUUCCGGCAGCAGCGGGUCGGCGGGCAGCAGCUGCUCCGGUUGGGCCACCAGGACCUGCUGGCGCUGGGCGUGGCCCGGGUCGGGCACCAGGAGCUGGUUCUGGAGGCCGUGGACCUGCUCUGCUCUCUGAACUACGGCGUGGAGUCGGACUGCCUGAAGACGCUGGUGGGGAAGAUGAGGGCGGCGCAUCGCAACCUGAGCGGCGCCGUGACGCAGCGCAGGAAGAACCCGGCCUACCAGAACAAGAACUCCCAUCAGCCCUCCAACCAGUUCCUGAGCGCCGUGGUGGAGCUGAUCGCCGCCGCCAAGAGCCUGCUGGGCUGGCUGGACCGGUCUCCAGUGACGAGCCCCAGCGACUUCACAGCCACCAGAAGCACCAUCAUCCAGCUGGGCCUGGAGCUGACCUCCACCGUGCAGAAGGACUGCAGCGUGUUCCAGAUGGAGGAGAAGAUCCUGGAGGUGUCCCAGGCUCUGAACAGCGUCUGUGAGAAGACGGUCCAGGCGACCUCUGACCCCUCUAACACGGAGCCGUCCUGCCUGGAGGAGGUUCACAUCACCAACGUCAGGCCUGGAGAGGGACUGGGGAUGUACAUCAAAUCCACCUACGACGGCCUUCAUGUUGUCACGGGAACCACGGAGAACUCUCCUGCAGAUCAAACCCAGAGGAUCCACGCUGGAGACGAGGUCAUCCAGGUCAACCAGCAGACUGUGGUGGGCUGGCAGCUCAAAUACCUGGUGGAGAAGAUGAGGGCGGAGUCUGGCAGUAUCACCUUGGUGCUGAAGAAGAGGCCUUCAGGAACGUCGGGAAUGGCCGCCACUCCGCUUAGAAACCUGCGCUGGAGACCACCACUGGUGCAGACCUGUCAGGGCGCUGCGGAUGUCUACGGAUCUCCUCAAACCUCAGACGCUGCAGGCAGGAGAGGGAAGACCGCCAUCCUGGAUCUGUAUAUCCCUCCACCUCCAGCAGCUCCAUAUGUUCCUCUGGAGCUCAGUGCCUCCUCACAUCCCACGUCUCCAAACUCGUCUCUGGACGCAGACGUCCGCCAGCGCCUCGCCGACGAUCCUCCUCCUGAAGUCAAGCAGCUGGUCCCGAUCCGCCUCAGACAGCGAUCCGCUUCCCGUGGUAAACCCCGACCCGUCUCCAUGCCGGUCAACUCCGUCCUGGGAGUCUCCGGGUCUUCGUCCAAACGCAGAACUCAGGGAAGGAAAGGUAGAGACGAGCUGCACCGGUACCUGAGCAACGAGCGGAUCGGCGCCAUCGCUGAGGAGGAGCCGGCCUUCGGUCUGCCGUCCCGUGGAUCGCCGUCGGUCCGCGGCGUCGAUCACAUCAGAGGCAGCCGCUGCCUGGUCGGCGCCGACCUGCACCACAACGCCACCAUGCCGUACCAGGAGGCCGCCUCCACCAAGAAGCUUCCUGCUGCCGCACAGACCAGAGCCAAGACCGGGUCAACGUCUGUCCUGGGCAGCUGGCUGGCCCGGCUCAGACUGCUCAGUCACUGAGGAGGAAUGUCAGGAACCUCCCAGCAGGAACGCCGCCGCUGGGAGGUUCCUGCUGGGAGGACCCGCUUCUUUCAGCGACACCAACACAGAGACUCGUCUGAACAUUGAGCUCUUCUCCAACGGGGUCAGAAGACGUCGUGUUCCUCUGGUCCAGGUUCCUACAGAAACGCAGAGGCCGAACCUUCAGGAACCGACUGAGGAGCAGAAGGUUGGAUCCGGUCAUCAUGCUGAAAAUGUGAGGCGCUCCGGUCCUUCAGAAUGUUCCUGAACUCUGAUGCUCCUGGGAGAACCAACGCUGACAUUCAGCUGUUAAGGCCUGGUCCAGUAUCAGGUCAUGGACCAGAACCUGCUUCGUCCAUGACCCAGCCAGAGGAACCUGAACAUCCUCCAUUGUUCUGCUGAAGAGGAGCAGAGACAUGAAGAAGAUCAUUGGCAAUGUCCUGAACUUUGACCUUGUUUCUGUUCCUCCUGGAUCUGCUGCAGGUUACGCUUCAGGCCCAACCAGAACCAGGGUUCUACUGACUGACUUGAGAUUCCUGGAGGUCCAAGUCAGGAGCCCUGCAGAACCCUCAGGGUGUUCCUCAGGGAAGUGUGUUUUUGUUCAUUUGGGAAGAACAGAUGUUUAACUCACAGGAAGUGAAACUUUCUAAAGUUUAUUUUUAUAAAUCUGGAUCCUGCUGGGCUCUCAGGGGUCUCAACCAGCUGGUGAACGGAGAGCUUUUGCUCCGAUGUUUUGGGAAGCUGUUGAUCUGCUGAGGUCACGAUUGCAUUUAACCGUUUCUGCUUCAUGCUGUCUGAUUGGUCCAUCAGCUCAAUAAAGUGGAAUUUAAUAAAUAUUCCUGCUCUGCU